AGGUAAAUAGGAAGUUUAAUUGAGAAGCACGUGUGACAACUUGUACCGGCUUGGGUUGACAUGAUCUCACGAUUAAUUAAAUAAUUAAGUAGACGAUUGAAUCAUUUGACAAGAGAACAGAAGCGUUCACGAUGAAUCGACAAGGUCAACCAGCAGGGGGAGAUAAGAGGCAGCAACAACUGGAUCAGAUAUCAAAGGGGUUCAGACAGUUUCCACUUAGUCCAUACAUGUUAUUAGCUUCUAUGGCUUUCUGGACGUUGCUUACUUAUGCUAGUUUCAAGGGCAUUCAGUAUUUUGGCGUCCAUCGUCGAUUGGAUGAUACUGACCUUGUUCCAAAUUGCCCGGUCAAGUUUGGUGCAACCGUGGACGAAAACAUUAUAGUGGUAGAAAAUUACACAGGUGGAGAAUCAACGCCGUAUGUAAAACGAAUUGGGUCUCAAAAGUUUUCUGAUUCAUUUAUCGGCGACGAAGCACCUGUAGAACUGAAAGAAAUCCCGCCAAUUGUAACGGCUGUGACGUCAGCAGACUUUUACAACCUCCAGAGAAUUAUAGAACAAACAGCUUCUAUAGCGCCUAAGAAAAACAUAAAGCUGAACUUGAUAGUCUAUGAUCUUGGACUGUAUUCAAAAGAAGCAGCACUGAUAAAGAAACACUGUAAUUGUGAAUUCCGUACAUUUGAAUGGUCCGUUUACCCAUACCACGUGUCUGACAUGAAUAUAAGAGCAUGGAUGCCUAUUAUCUUACAGAUGAUACUUGAAGAAUUUGGUUCUGCAAUGUGGAUUGACCCGUCAGCUUCUAUAAAUAAUGUUCAGGAAUUGAACCAGUUUAAAUACAGAGCUGAUCGAAGUUUUUUCCUUUACGAAUAUCCGAUUUUCACUGCAAUAAACGCAUACACAAACCCGAAAAUGUUUAAACAUCUGAACGAAAAGCGUUGUACGUUUGUUGACCUUGGAAUGAUGGAUACUCGGGUCAUGGUGUUAUACCGGACAAAACAAACAUGGUAUGGAAUUAUGAAACCAUGGUUAAAGUGUGCUCUUACAAAAGAUUGUAUUGCUCCCGAUGGCGCGAGGAGGACCGAAUGUUUCCAUUACAAGCGUCCGAAAUCGACAGGAUGUCAUUGGUAUGAACAGUCCAUCUUUAGUAUUAUUAUAAAUAGAGUAUUUCAGUUUACUUAUAAUUCUGACAAAUUCAAGGCACCACAUGCUGUGCAUUUUGAUGAUACUGAACUUGUAUAUUAUUUUCCCGAACAGCCAUGGACAUACACACAAAUAUUUCUUAUCUUCACGUUACCUCCUAUGGUUCUUGUUACAUUGUGGUACUUGAAAAAACGAAGAGAUGCAAGCAAAAGAAAUAAAUUUUACAACCGAUAGUGUUCAGAAAACAAACUUGUGUUCAUAGACAUUCCAAAAAGGCAUCUACCAUUCACUGAGACUAUUGGCUCAGAGAAGCAAUUUUUCUAAAUACCAAUACGAGCAUAGCAAUAUACAGGGUACAAUUAUAUCUGACGAAAUCCAUGAGCAAUUGUCAAACCUAGACUCGAAAAAUAUCAGGUUUUUAUACAAUUUUGCUUACAUGAAGCGCUCUAUGACACAAAAUUAAGCCUAGACAUAGUCAAGAUUACUCUUUUAAGGCCCAUUCUUGUAUCUUUCAAUGUUACUUAAACAUCUUGGAAUAUGAAAAUUUUUGUCGAGAGUUUCAGAUGAAAGUUCAUCUAGAGAAACACUAGAAACGAGUCAAAUGCAACAUAUUGACUUGAUUUAUUCAAUAGCUGAAAUGUUUCAACAAUAAAUCAGAGAAUGUUUGCAAAAUUUCCAAAAAUAUAUGAGCAACUGAAGAAACAUGAACAAUUUACACAUUGCCGUAAUUUCUUCUCUAUUAGAUCCAUACUAGGAAACUUAAAAUUUGAUACUGUAAUAUUUUUAUAUGCAAUCUAAGAGAAAAAAAAACCUGAAAACUUCGUUAGUGUUGAAUUGAUAAAACCAUGUCUGUCUUCUAUAUAAGAUGCAACACCUUGUGCUUAACUUUAUAUCCCUUACCUAUAUAUUGGAUAUUGACAGUAUAGCUGUUAAAGCACUAACUGUUAUUAAUCUAUCUUUACCCUGAUUACAUUGUACUUUCUUAUUUAAAGAAACACGUUGAUUGUUCAAUUGAUGGUGCAUUUGUUACUCACUUUUCGUUACUUUAUUCCUGUGUACUUUACUUCAGUUUUAUUCCCAUGUUAAGUUUUCAUCACUGCAUCUUGUUGAAUAAUUGUCCCGCAGCAACAAGUCACGCGGGAACGAGACUCGGGUGCUGGUUCCGAUGUCGGUGUCGUUAAAAAUAUCGUUAAAGUUUACGGUGACUGUCAUAUUUCAAAGUGUGCAAUUUAUUCCUUUUUGUCUGUGAAAAAUCUUCACUUUUGUUGUACUCAUAUAAUACACAUUCAGCCUUCAUCAGAAGUGCUUUGCACAUUCAUUUGUGCAAGAAAUUUCUACCAUUACUUAUCAUUUUACGGCAUAAUAUAAAAUGAUGGGCGUGAUAUUACUAUUUAUAUUGUUUGUAUUUUUAUACAUUUAUAUGUUUACUUGUUUGCACUGUAAGUUAUUUUUGAAAUAAAUUGAUAUGAAACAUA